AUGAUAGUGUUUUUGCUAUUUGCGGUUUUUCCACAGGGACGAGUGUAGUAGUAGUACUAGGCCUCAGAGGCGGGCAUCGCCCUUGAUGCUCUCCCACAAAAUGGCCGCCGCAAAGCCUAGCCACUUGGAGACGGGUCACUUGUUGAGCGGCUUGAUUGGCUCAGGCGGGGGAUCUGAGGCCUGGGCGCCUCCUCAGGGAAAGAGUUAAGGCCUCUGGCUGCCUCGCUCCUUCCCUCAGUCGGCCACGGAGGCUCCUCCUUCUCCUCCUCCUCCGCUCAGCCGGCAUGGAAGCCUUGGGGGGCGGCUGUCGGAGGGAGGAGGAGAGCGAAGGCGGCCAGGGGGAAGAGGAGCCUGAGGGGGCUGGUGAGGAGGCGGAGGACGAGGCGGAGGCGGUGGCCGUGGCGGAGGAGGACCCGCUGGAGUGGACCUUCGUGGGCAUGGAGACGACGAUGUCGCUGCACGACCUGCCCACCGCCCUCAUCGCCUGCAACCUCCCGCUGGCCGUCUUCUUCCCGGACGGGCCCUGCAGGACCAGAUUUGAAGCUCUCUUUAGAACACAUGACAAAGAUGUCACCUUUCACUAUUUUAAGAGUUUUAAAAGAAUAAGGAUAAACUUCAGCAACCCUUUGUCAGCAGCAGAUGUUAAAAUUCAGUUACAUAAGACAGAAUUUCUUGGAAAAGAGCUAAAGCUAUUUUUUGCUCAGUCUUUGCAUAUUGGAAGACCACACUUAGCACCACCAGAUCCAGAAAAGCAGUUCCUGAUUUCCCCUCCCUCAUCUCCCCCUAUUGGCUGGAAACAAUCAGAUGAUGCUACACCUGCCAUUAAUUAUGAUCUUUUAUACGCCAUCUCCAAGCUAGGACCAGGUGACCAGUAUGAACUUCAUGCUGCAACUGAAACUACUCCCAGUGUUGUGGUCCAUGUGUGUGAAAGUGAUGAUGAAAUUGAGGAAGAAGAAGAGAAAGAAACAGCCAAGAAACCAAAACCAAAAAUUAUUCAAACUAGGAGGCCAGAUUUCACACCUACUCACCAAAGUUGAAGUACAUCUGAUGUUUGAGCAUUAUUAAACUAGCAUGUUCCAAGGAGACAUUAUGGAAGUGACAGGUCGCAAAUAUGAUGACAUUUGUCGUGGAAGCAGAAAUUCUAAUGUAAAGAUAAUUUAAGAAAGGGAAUGUCUUCGCUUUUGUGUGUUAGUGCUCCACAUGGGCUCAUAAGACAGAUCCCCACAUAAACUUCUUAAAUGGUUAACCUGGAGAAUACCCAACAAUGGUGGUGGCAUAGAGAUGAAAAUAUAUACUGUUUAUGUUAGGGAUAUUUUCAGAUUUUUCCAGGUUUCUGUUACAAAGAAACUAGGGAUGAUUCCCCAUCUUGUGUAUAUAUUCUAUGAUAAAUUUCUAUGUCAUAGAGUGGGUAGACAGUGUGGCUGCAACCCUAAAAUAUCACUCACUGCUGAUUACAUACCAUUAGAAACAAUGGGCAUACAUGUUUAGUGUGUUGGGGUUGUAGCUUGUAUAUUGCAUAUAGUAGCUUUAAAGAUGAAGUAAGAAAUUGUUAAUCAUUUUUCAUACUAGAUUUUGAGUAUGCAUGUAGAUCUUCAGAAGUAAAUUUGUUUAACUUUAGCUCUACUUACUCAUUUUAUAUUGUUGAGAAAAACAACUUCAAAUACUGAUUUCUCAGCUCUCUUUCUGAAUUAUGUUUGUAUCAGCAUUCAUUUUUCAGUGGGAACAGGUUUUUAGUAAAACACUAAGUUUUGUGCAAUAGCCCUUUUUAACAGAAACUGUUGAUAUGGUUUAUCAAGUAAACCUAUAAAAUACUUGUGCACAUUUUAAAUGGGUGGAUAAUUUUAAAUUAUUCUAAAUUAAAUUAUUUAUAUUGUUUAACCAUCUUAACUGCUUUAUCAGUCAGAAGUACAGGAAACCUGCAGGUAAAUGUUACUACUGGUUGUAAGACGAGAUAAUAUAAGCUAUACUUUGCUAACUCAAAUGUAUACAUUAAUAAUUGUUGCUGUUAAAUCUUGGUCAAGGUGCUUAAGCACAGCUAGUCUGUAAAGAAAUGUGAAAUGUGUCUGCAAAGGAUGGAGUGCCUUUUUUCUCAUGAACUCGAGGCAGGGGAGAAGAAUUGUUGCACUAGCUCAAGACUUUAUUUAAUUUUUUUAAACUGGGAUGUUUUAUGAAAUUGCCUUAUGCUUAAGCAUAAUCAACCAAGGUAAAAUUCCCUGUAUUUCGUGCAAAGUCACAAUGUACUACUUUCAGAGCUUUGCUGUAAGAGCAGCAUUCUGUUUGCUGUUGUAAAAGGCAAACAGCAAAAGGUGUUCAAAGGUGUUCAAAGUAUUUUGUUCCAUACUUACAAACAAAAUAAAAGUGCCCAGUGGCAUCCAGCUUACCAUAUUGCUAGCUGUUCUGUUUUAGAACAUAUUCUUGAGUAAGAUGUUUUUUAAAAAUAAACAUGUUUCACAAAUUUGUGAUAACUAAGCAAA